CUCACAGUCAGUGCGCGCCAGCCGGUCACGCCCGCUGGAGGUGAGCCAGCCUUCUCUUCCGGCCGCGUUCGUGUGCAGAGAGGACGUGGACGUGGCACGAUCCGGGCUCUCCGUGUGCUGCUCCUAAUCCUGCUCCUGCACGAGAGAUUGUGUGAAAGAGUGAGAGGCUGAUCUGCACAUAGUUUGGCAUUGCCAAGCUGUGAGUCACUGCUUUUUGCCGACUGUUCUGUGCUCCUCAGUCGCCGUACUAGUUUCGUGCUCACGUCUCAGCCGAGAUGGGUGAGGGUGAUUACGAAAACGGCGGCGAAGACACGUUUCCCAUGAUGAGGGACCUCAACGGCAUCCGCGAAAACCUCGACACUUUCAUCCGCAAGGCGACUGAUCUCACCAGGGUACUGCCCUCGAUCGCCAGGCUCAAAGUGCUCGGGGAGCGUGGCUCUGGCCUGCGAGCGCGGGGAGAGGUACAAGACUUCUUCAAGCUACGGGAGGAGUGUCUGGCCCAGGGAUCGCUGUUUGAGGAUCCGGAAUUUCCUGCACAAGAUUCGUCCAUCUUCUACAGUAAGAGUCCGCCGAAACCGUUCGAAUGGAAGCGUCCUAUGGAAAUUGCUUCCGAUCCCCAGCUCUUUGUCGAGGGUGCAUCAAGAUUUGACGUUCAACAAGGAGAACUUGGUGACUGCUGGUUGUUAGCUGCUGUUGCCAACCUUACACUUAACCAUAAUUUGUUUGCUCAGAUUGUUCCUCAAGACCAAGAUUUUGGAGAUAAAUAUGCUGGUAUCUUCCAUUUUCGAUUUUGGCAAUAUGGGCGUUGGGUAGAUGUUGUUAUAGACGACAGACUUCCUACUUGUUAUGGGCAGCUUGUGUUUUUGCAUUCCUCAGAACGUAAUGAAUUCUGGAGUGCUUUGCUUGAAAAAGCGUAUGCAAAGUUGCAUGGUUCUUAUGAGGCACUUAAAGGUGGAACAACAUGUGAGGCAAUGGAAGAUUUUACAGGUGGUGUUACAGAAAUGUUUGAGCUGAAAGAAGCUCCACCAAAUUUGUACAAAAUCAUGCUGAAAGCUUAUGAACGCAGCUCUUUAAUGGCAUGCUCAAUUGAGCCAGAUCCAAAUAUUACAGAAGCACAGACUGCAGAAGGACUGGUGAAAGGCCAUGCAUACAGCAUAACAAAAAUUAAAUAUCUUGACAUAGCUACUCCACGUAUGACAGGAAAAAUUCCUCUCAUACGUCUCCGUAAUCCAUGGGGAAAUGAAGCAGAGUGGAAUGGACCAUGGAGUGACAAGUCCCCUGAAUGGAGAUUUAUACCUGAUAGUGAGAAAGAAGAAAUUGGAUUAACCUUUGACGAUGAUGGAGAAUUCUGGAUGUCCUAUAAUGAUUUCAAGACAUAUUUUCACCGCCUUGAAAUUUGCAAUUUAAAUCCAGACUCAUUGACAGAAGAGGACAUAAAUGAAAAAGGGAAAAGAAGAUGGGAAAUGAGCAUGUUUGAGGGAGAGUGGGUUAGAGGUGUUACUGCCGGUGGCUGUAGAAACUAUCUGGAGACGUUUUGGGUCAAUCCACAGUACAGGAUAACAUUGGAAGAUCCAGAUGAAGAUGAUGAGGACAAUAAGUGUACAGUAAUUGUUGGAUUAAUGCAAAAGAAUCGUAGACUGCAAAGGAAAAUGGGAGCUGAGUGUCUUACAAUUGGAUUUGCAAUGUACCAUCUUCCAGACCCAGAUAAUCUACCAAAACCACUUGGAAUGGACUUUUUCAAAUUCAAUGCAUCAGUUGCAAGGUCACCCUCAUUCAUCAAUCUCCGUGAAGUGAGUUGUAGAUUUAAGCUUCCUCCUGGUGUUUACUGCAUAGUGCCAUCAACUUUUGAACCAAAUGAAGAAGGAGAAUUUAUUCUUCGUGUAUUCUCAGAGAACAAAAACAAUAUGGAGGAAAAUGAUGAAGAAGUUGGAAUGGGUGAAAUAGAUGAAAAAGUAAAGAAUGAGCCUGUACCAGAGGAGCACAAGUCUGAGGACAAAAUUAAGGAAUACUUUAAACAAAUUGCUGGUGAUGACAUGGAAGUGGACUGGAUGGAACUGAAAGAAGUACUUGACUAUGCACUGCGCAAUGAGAUGCCUAGGGAUAGUUCAGAAUCACAGGAUAUCAUCACCACAGUACUUUCACUCCUGUGUGGAUUAGUGUGUCGUGACACCCCACUUGCUCAGGCAUUUGAUGUCAAGCGGCAAGGUUUCUCUAAAGAUACUUGUCGCAGCAUGAUAGCCAUGAUGGAUGUAGAUAGAUCAGGAAAGCUUGGGUAUGAAGAAUUCAAAGCAUUAUGGACAGACAUCAGGCACUGGAGAACCAUAUUCAAAAUGCACGAUAAAGAAAACUCUGGUGUAUUCAGUGCUUUUGAGCUGAGACAGGCACUAAAUGCUGCAGGUUACAGGUUAAACAACCACAUACUGAACAUACUGAUGCAUAGGUAUGGAACUGUAGACGGGAAAAUAACAUUUGAUGAUUUUAUGAUGUGUGCUGUCAAGCUAAAAGCGAUGAUAGAUAUGUUCCGAGAAAGAGACCCCAAAGGAACAAACAGUGCAACUUUCUCACUGGAAGAAUGGGUUGAGAAGACUAUUUAUUCCUAAAAUGUACUCACUUGAAUUUCCUUCUGCUUCUCUAAGAGAACUGUGGAAAAAGUGCAAAUGUUUUGUGCUUUGCCACUAAAUAUUUGCUUUCAUUUCAUGUCCCACAGGAAUGGAGAGAAACAGCCAUGUGGGCAUGGAAUGAUGCACUCAGUAUUUUUUGUGCAGUUGGCUCACAGACUUGUAUAUUGGCCAUUGAAACACAUGUUUAUUCCUGCUGCUACAGAAAAAUAUUUUGUACAGUUUUUUUAUUUUAUUAAAAUAUUUUAAAUAUUA